AUGUUCAGCAAAAUCCUACGCUCGCGUCUCGUGCUUGCCGCCAUGUCCUGCGCUGCUCUCGCUUUGUCGUCUUCGAUGGGUUUAGCUGCUGCCGAAGAGCUGUGCUCAGUCGUCCCGUACACGUAUGGUCUGGCCAAGUCAAGUUAUCCGCAGCUCUCAACAGCUCUGGGUACGCUGGAGAACUACGCCAUUGCCUCGUGGUUCACGGACCGAAUUUCGACUCAAGAUCGAGCCAACUUGAUGUAUCGCAUGCUGAACGAAUGCCCCGACGAGUCUCGACUCAGUAUCGUGGUCUACGGUAUCCCCAACAAGGAUUGCUCAGGUGGCUACUCGACAUCGGGGAGUGUGACGAGCUCAGCCGCGUAUCGAUCGUUCCUGAAAGAGCUAACGGACGCCGUUGGCGAUCGCAAGGUGCUGUAUGUCGUGGAACCCGAUGCCGUCGGCCUGCUAUCGCAAGACAACGGAUGCGGUGGGCCGGCGGGUUACCUCGAAAACCUCAAAAUCGCAGUCAACGCAUUGUCCGCGAAUGCCAACGCUCAGCUGUACCUCGACGUCGGAUACUGGAUGCUGGCCGACACCACCAAUGCCGCCAAGGUUGCGACUGUGAUGCAGCAGCUCGGCAGCGCUGGGCGCGUCAAAGGUGUCACCAUCAACACGUCCAAUUAUCGCUCCAACGCAGAGUGCGCGGGGUACUGCUCGACCUUCCAGAGAGCUAUGGGCUCCGAUGACAUGCACUGCAUCGUAGACACGUCCAGAAACUACAACGGUUCGCCCACGACCGACUGGUGCAACAUCCCGACUGCAGGCAUCGGCAAGCCGCCGACGUCCAACACGGGCUACGCUAACCUGGACUACUUCAUGUGGAUCAAGCCUCCUGGAGAGAGCGACGGCUAUUGCUGGGGUGGGCCUUCCGCGGGAUCGUUCUUCCUGGAUGGCUUCACAUUGUUGUGGAACCAGGGCUACUUUGUGAAGGAAAUGGGCAUGCCGAUAAUUGGAGAGACCUUCGCCCCUACAUCAGCACCGACUUCUGCCCCAACUUUGGCUCCGACAGCAGCACCAACAUCGGAGCCAGUGACUUGGACUCCGUCGUAUACAACCGCCCCGGUGACUUACGCACCGGAUACCACCGCUCCAACCACGGCUCCAGUGACAUGGUCCUAUGGUACCGGCGCAUGCAGGACCAGGAAGCGCAUGCGCUCGUAA